GGGCGGCGAGCUGUACUGGCCGGGCGGCCAGCAUCACUUCCGAACGAACGAACUAUCCCACUCGUGUGCCGUGUUUACGAAACCCUGCACUAUCCUACACAACCCUAUUCUGAAAAAAAAAACACUACAAUAAGCCCUUUGGUUAUAACAGUGCUGUGCUGACCGAUUUUGGAUUUUUUUUAUUCGGGAACGAGGCCGUUGUAUGGACUGCUGACUGCAUCACAAAUCGAAUAAAAUGGCUGAAAACGGGUACGGUCCAGGCGGACACAUCGGCAGAAUCCCCAACUUCGGAAAAACGCAUGUCAACCCUAUGGGUGCCGUCGAGCCGCCAGCAUGCAUUCAGAAUGCGAUGAUGACAAAGGACAAGAAACCCUUCACAUACACACCAGGCGGCCUUGACCUGUCUCAAAUUCGCACACCAAGCAUGGCGAGAAGACUGGCAAGACAGCGGUCUUUAGAAGACCAACAAGAACAGCAGUAUGCUCAGCAGCAGCACCAUCAGCAGCAGCCCACAAAUGGCGGCUACCACCCACAAGGAGGACCGGCUCCUCCACCACCCCCUCCACCUAAAAUGCCUGUCCCACCCCCACCACCACCGAUUGUUAUCCAAGCUCCGAACUCAAAAUCUCCAAAACCCGUUGCACUCGGUGAACGCCCCGAAAUUGUAAUUCCAGAAAAUCCGAUAGGAAUGUUACGAAAAACGAAUAGCCCUUACCACUGGGAGGCUGAAAAGGCUGAACUACAAAAGUUGGGUAACACUCCCAAGUAUGUAGAAAAAGUCCCAAGCCCUCUGACGGUAAAAAUGCCUCCUUCCACAUUUAGUCAGCAGCAGCCACAGACUUACACUCCACCUUCACAAAAUAACUUCCAACGUGGUCCUUAUGGUAAUCAGCGUAACCCUGAGAGCCCCAUCUAUAAACCUGAAGCACAAUAUGCUCACCAGCAUUCUUCCUCUCCCCAAGGUUCACCACCGACGAGAGAAGUGUUACAAAGACAAGAUUCUCAGUUUAAUAAGAGUCCUCAGCCAUAUGCUGGUGUACCUUCCUCAAAUAGUUCUCCAUAUUCGCCUAGCCCUAACAACAACUGGCGGCAACCAGAGAAAAGGGAUUCUCCAGCAAACACAAGUAGUCCACAGUCCGCACAUUCAAACCGUAGUCCAUUUACACCCAACACACAACAGUACUCGCCAAACAAUCAACAGUAUUCUCCUAAUUUCCAAAACCAAACUCCACCUUCUAACUCAGGUCCCGUGUUCCAUACCUUACCUAGAGUUGGACAGAGAAACGUUGACGCACCGAGUAACAACAACAAUGUGAUGUACAACAACACGAAACCAAGUCAGCAAAACGAGUCUAAUGCUGCUCCUUGGAGGACUGCUACUCUAAACAGACAUCCAAGGGAACAAGAGAAUCAACCACCAGUCUAUAAUAACGUGAACUCGAAUCAAGAACAAUACGUUCCCCCGUGGAAAGUAAAUCAGAACAAUAACACAAAUGCUAACAAUGAGAACUCUUACGUUCCGCCAUGGAAACAAGAAAGUAAACCACAGCAGCAGUACACUCCUCCAUGGGUCAAUAAUAACAAUUCUCAGGAUUCUAAUAACAAUCGAGUUCAGGAAAAUAACUCUGCACCUUGGAGAAGUCAUGAAGCAUCUUCACCACCCAAGCAACAGGAACAACCUCGUUACCAAUCAACUAUGUCUAUCCCUGUGACGCCUAGAAAACAAAAUCAACAGCAUGAAUAUAAUAAUGCUCCACAAAAGGAGGUUGUGUAUGUAAAUGAGGAACCUGUCUACUUCUGUCCUGAAAGUCCGAAGUCUAUUCCUCCAUGGGUAAAAACACAGAAGGAGAAGACAAAGACUCCUCCGCCAACUUGGGUGCAAAGACCGCUGGAAGGUAGGAAGAGUCUCUCUAGGGAAUUAAACACACCUCCACGGGAAACGAACCAAGAACCAGAAUGGGUUAGAAAGAGCAAUGAAAUGCAAAGAGGUGCCCGUGAGGUGGUCAGCCCUCCUAAAUACCAGCAACCAGUACAACCAUCGUGGUCAACGCGACCUUCUGAAAACCGUAAGAGCUUGCCAAGGGACAAUGGACCUGGUUCCCCAGGAACACGAGUUAUUCCUAUCCAGAUGGAGGUAUCAACGACAGAGACAAGGGAUUCGAGGCACGGUGGUCAUCCUCAACCUGGCCUGAGAAUUACGAUUGGUAUGAAUCAGAAUCCAGAUCAAGCUCGUGCACCAUUCUCCCCGCCUACUCAGCGCAUCAUGAGGGUUUUGUCACCUCAACUGGUGAGAUUAGAAGACUCAAACCAACAGCCAGACCUGCCGACCUUGAACCGAACUUUCCAAGACAGUCAGCCAAAGACUAGGAUAAUACCGAUUCAGAUUGAAGGUGGCAACGGAGGGGCGAACAAGAGCUUCGGUGGGCGGUAUUAAGGGAGCUACUGGUCCAAUUGUCUACUACCAUAAGUUCACACAAGAAGGGCCCCCAAGACAGUCAAAGGCAUUCAGGGUAUUGCAGAUCAUCACAGGUACCGAGGACUUGGAUGACAUUCAAGAAAUCGAAAAGCAUCAUGGAUUUACCGAUUUAUAAUAAAAUAAUGUAAAUAUAUAUAAAAUAUACGAGUAUAUAUUAUUAUUAA